AUUGCCCUCAGUCUACUAGCAACCCGUCUGAAAGUCGGACUGAGCAUUGGUCCGCAGUCAGCAGGGCGAGCCAGGCUGCGAGACCGCCCGCGGGAAAGCGCAAGACUGGACGACAACAACUCGCAGCUGCGAUGGGUAGAGAACGGUAGGAAGCAUGACCAUCUCUUCUUGCUUGCUACAUCUCACAUGCGCUUGACCGAGCCCUUGAGCAGUCCACAAACAUCAAACAUCGAGACAUUGCUUGAACAUAACCACAUCUCACGACGAACAGCUCAGGAUAACCGAACGAGCCCGCACGCUCAGUUCACGAAACCAUUGACGAAAUGUCACCACCGCAGAAACGCUGGCUGACCCAGCCAAACUCGAAGGUUGGCAAGGCAGCUGACCUUCCCACUGUGCUGCGCAGGGAUUCUGCCUGGGAGACGCUGCCAGUCGAGACCCGUAGAGAGCUUUACGACCUACUUCCACCGAAGUCAGGCGCAGGAGCUUACGACAUCAACAUCAACCCUCUCAAGACAGAUUUGAGAUCGUACAUCGAAGAGGAGAUCCGAUCAUAUCAAGACGAUCUCAACGAUGGCAAGGAAACGAAGAAGUGGCGCGAAGAGGCUAUACAAGCCGGACAGGAGCGUGCCAGUGGCGUGUGGGCAGAAUGGCAAGACAAGAUACGUGAGGACGAUUGGUGCAAGCGUGAGGGCUCUGAGGAGAAGAAGAUCGAGCGGGUGACGGAGGAAGAAGCUCGAGAUGCGGCAAAAGUCGCGGCCAACACCAGUGCCAAAGUUUCGAAGAUUCAAUAGGUUGAGAGGGCGAAGAGGUACCAGAAAGGCUACACUGCUAAACCGAGAGCGUGGAGGGCGGUUGACGGUGAUGAGUCCCCAUGAGCGGACGAAAGGCGCACAAAAUCAUAUGGCUCUUAUGCUGUGCUCCCGCUCUCUUGACUUGUGCACCAAUGCUACUUACCAGCGUCCUCAUACGGGCCUGUAUGCUGUUUGUAGUCUUAUGCUCACAAUGGAAACCGGAUUCAGCAC